UGGGAUUUUCACUGUAGGGCAGUUUUAACUUCUGUCAGACUCCAAAAGAGCUGUGCUGAAUGGAGCCAGCCACUAAUGUUAUACUCACCACCUGUCCUGAUCAUGUGUCCUUCCUAAUUGCAAAGUGACUCACUGCGCCCUCCCUUUCACCCAAUGAGCAACUGCAUCCUGCUCCCAUGGAGCACGCUUUUCAUCACCAGACCCCUCUGCCAAAGUGGGAUUUUCAAAACACUUAACGGAGUUAGGUGUCCACCUCCCAUUGAAAGACGAUGGGAGUGAGAUGUCCAACUCGCUAAGGUGCUUUUGCAAAUCUGAGUCUACACUAGCUUAUGUAAGCGUAACGAGGGUGAAUCUGGCCCUUGGUGUUUCUCGCUGUUAGUUACUAUCUGCUGUUUAAGGUCUGGGAUAAUAAUAAACAAUGUUAAUAAAUAAAAAUCUAAUGCUAUAGAGAAUUUUAAACAUAUUACAAAACCUUAAUUCCCAUAUCACUUCAAGCUUCCUGCUCUCGCUCUCUAAGAAUAUUUUUGUGCUAAGCUCUUUUUCAUUCAUUUUAAAGGGUAGCAUCUCCCAUUUGGGUUUUUACAGAGUGGGAGCUAAGGAGAGGCUAGAUUAAAUCACAAAUGAACUAAAUAAAGGGAGCAGGUUGUCUUUGUCACAAUCACUUUUAGUGCUAAUCACUGUCAGAGUGGGAUUUAAAAAACCCCCAUGAAAUUCAGAAAAAAAAAAUCUGCUGCAGCGGCAGAUAAUUUUAAAAUUACACUGCUUGCCCCACUGACUUAGUUAUAUGCCUAAUGGCAGAGAGAGUUCAACCAAGUCCAAUUAUCAGCAGCACCGGACAUUCUCCUAAAUUAGCAGAACUGUGGGAUAUCUUUCAAGAACAUAUUGCAAAAAUGUAGGAGGUAAUAUGUUUGUUAAAACUCAGUAAUUUAGAAGCUCUGUGCCAUUUAUUUCCUUUUGUUUUUUCUUUCUGGACCCAGCUCUCCUUUUUGUCUGUUCUCAUUAAUGUGUGCUUCUGUAUGUCUGCUUCUUUGAUAGGGCAGCUACACCGCUUUUACUGGUGCUCUCUGUCAUCUCUCAUUUCUCCUUCUCUCUUCCUGCUCUCCCACCCCUUUCUGGCUGUCUUUUACCCAUUCCCAUUUUUUGGAUUCUUGUCCCCCUCUAUUCUUCUCUUUUCUCAUGUUGGCUCCCUUCUCUGUAGCUGUCCUGUUUCCCCACUUCCCUUCUCUGUUUAUCUCUCAUGCACCGCCCCCUCCUUUCUGAGUACACAGCUCUGUUAGGAUAGCCAAUAAGUUUCAUUGUGCAAUCCACAAUCCACUUACAGCAAGUGGCAUUUGACAGCUAAAGAAGGGAGAGGAGGCAGCUACUGAUGGAUCGGCAACCAGGAAAAGGUGAACCAAGGAAAUUUGACCCAAAGUUCAGAGGACCUAUUCACAACAGGCACUGUACGGAUGUUCUGUGCUGUGUAAUCUUCAUAGUCGUCAUUCUGGGUUACAUUGCAUUAGGAAUUCUGGCUUGGGUGCAUGGUGACCCCAGGAAGGUGGUCUAUCCAACUGACAGCUAUGGACAGUUCUGCGGUCAGAAGGACACCAUAAAUGAGAACAAGACCAGUUUGUUUUACUUUAACAUUCUGAAAUGUGCCAGCCCAAUAGUGCUAAUAAACCUACAGUGCCCUACAACACAGCUUUGUGUCUCAAAGUGCCCAGACAGGUUUGCAACAUACAUAGACAUGCAAGCUUCCUACAGAUAUAACAAAAGUUAUUGGGAGUACUACAGGCAGUUCUGCAAACCUGGUUUUAAUAAGCCUUUGAAGUCUGUUGCUCAAGUGAUCCGUGAUGAAGAUUGCCCUUCGAUGAUCAUUCCUAGCAGGCCUUUUCUUAAAAGAUGCUUUCCUGACUUCUCCACGAAGAAUGGGAUUCUGACGGUGGCAAAUCAGACGACAUUCAAAGAUGGAAGAGGGAAAACAAGAAAUGUAACUGAUCUCAGGGAAGCUGCAAAUGGUAUCAAUAAUGUCCUUGAUGCAAGAUCAGUUGGGAUGAAAAUUUUUGAAGACUAUGCCAGUUCCUGGCAUUGGAUUUUAAUUGGUCUGUUCAUUGCAAUGGUUGUGAGCCUGCUCUUCCUUGUGCUCCUGAGGUUCACAGCGGGGGUCCUCUUCUGGAUUUUCAUCCUUGGCGUGAUUGGAAUUAUAGGAUAUGGUAUCUGGCAUUGUUACUGGGAGUAUGAUCAUCUUCAGGGGACACCUGGAUCUGACCUCACGAUCUAUGAUAUUGGCUUCCAGACUGACUUCAGAGUAUACCUGCAGCUGAGGCAAACAUGGUUAGCAUUUAUGAUAAUACUUUGUAUUGUGGAAGUCUUCAUCAUACUGAUGCUGAUCUUCCUGAGGAAUCGGAUCCGGAUUGCUAUUGCACUCUUGCAGGAAGGGAGUAGGGCUAUUGGCUACAUAAUGUCCACAUUAUUCUACCCCAUUAUCACCUUCAUUCUCAUUGCAAUCUGUAUUUCCUAUUGGGCAGUGACAGCUGUUUUCCUGUCUACAUCAGGGGAACCUGUGUAUAAAGUAAUGGCUAAUCAAACACUGUGCAAGUAUGCAAACCUGACCUGUGACCCAGAGACUUUUAACACAACCAAUGUGACCAAAUUAUGUGUUGGUGCUCAGUGUACUUUUGCUUUCUAUGGGGGAGAAAGCUUCUAUCACAAAUACAUCUUCAUCUUUCAACUCUCCAAUGCUUUUGUCUUUCUGUGGCUGGUAAACUUUGCAAUUGCACUGGGUCAGUGUACCCUUGCUGGUGCCUUUGCCUCUUACUACUGGGCCUUUAGAAAACCUGCUGAUAUUCCAACAUGCCCACUCUUUUCUUCAUUUGGACGAGCAAUACGAUAUCACACAGGUUCACUAGCAUUUGGAUCAUUAAUUCUUGCAAUAGUCCAGUUGAUUAGAAUAAUCUUGGAGUACCUGGAUCACAAGCUGAAAGGUACACAGAACUCCUUUACGAGAUUUCUGCUCUGUUGCCUCAAAUGCUGUUUUUGGUGUUUGGAAAAAUUCAUAAAGUUCAUAAACAGAAAUGCCUACAUCAUGAUUGCGAUAUAUGGUAAAAACUUCUGCACCUCAGCAAAGGAAGCGUUCUUUCUGCUAAUGCGGAACGUGGUGAGAGUUGCAGUGCUGGACAAAGUUACAGAUUUCUUGUUGUUCCUUGGGAAACUUCUCGUUGCUGGCGGUGUAGGUGUUCUAGCCUUCUUUUUCUUCACACAUAGAAUACCAGUGUUCACACAAGAAACCCCAACAUUAAAUUACUACUGGGUACCCCUGUUGACUGUCAUUAUUGGCUCUUACCUAAUUGCACAUGGGUUCUUCAGUGUCUAUGCAAUGUGCGUUGAUACACUUUUCCUCUGCUUUUUGGAAGAUUUAGAAAGACACGAUGGCUCUGCAGAAAGACCCUAUUAUAUGAGUAAAUCUCUCUUGAAGAUUUUGAACAAGCAGAAUGUAGAAACCAAGAGACAUUAGAAAAUACCCAAUGUUGUAACCACCCAAUCGUGUUGGAUUUAGUCCUGGUUUGAUGCAUUGUCUUCCCAACACUGUAUUAAUUGUCGGCUUUUAUUUGCAUGUUUUAUACCAAAGCUUCUAUGUAAAGCCAUCAGAAUUGGUAAGGAAACUGUUUAAAAAACAAAAAACCCAAGAUGUGACCAUUUUUAUACUGAGAUUUGUUUUUUUCAAGUUGUAUUUAGCUUUUAAUUCUAGUGGCUUGGAUGUUUUGAAGAUGCGGAAUAUUCUUUUAAAUAUAAGCAUUUAAAAAUAUGAAAUGUUUUCCUGUUGCAUAUUCUGGUAUAGGACAGUAAAAAGAUUUCAGAAAUCAUCAUAUUAAGCUUAUUCUAAAAAGAGAGUCUUUAAAUAUCCUUCUAAAAAUAAAUGAUCAUAAAAAUGAUUAGACUUAACAGUUUGUCUCUGUAUUGUAGUAUAGAACUUCAGUCUUUAAACUAUUGCCAGUCACCCAGCCUGUACAACUGUGCCCUCUAUGACAAAAGUGCCUUACUGGCUAUUAUUAUUACCCAGCUUAUAUUUUAAAGUUUACAUACAUAAUUUAAACCACAAAAUAGAAAUUGCUAGAUAGGAAAAACAAGACUCUUCCAGCUUAGUUGAAAUGAAGUGAUAUAAAAUCAACUGCAUUUUAUAUACAUUUGACAAUUUUGCUAAAUACUGCAGCAUGCACAAUUUCCCUAUUACUGUUGUCAGAUCAUGCGUAUUUUAUGCUCCAAAAAAGAAAGUAAAAGAGAAUGUUUUUGUUACAAAAAGAAAAUCAUGCAAGACUGUUUGGUUUGCUUUAGUAAACUUUUCUAAAUCUAAUUUAGGGGAUGCUGAACUCUUUAACUGGGGGCCCUAUUUUGUCUUCAGCUUCAGAGAUAGCCCAUUGUAUUUAGAUAAUUGAAGGUAGAAUUCGGCCCUUGGUAUUUAAAAUAGAAUGAAAAGGGAAGUUAGUAGAUAUCUGUUACACCAAUGUUAUAUGUUUUUUAGGUUCCCAAAUGUAAAGUAGAUGCUUCAUUUUAAGACUGAUUAUUUACUAUUCUGGAAGUGUUUUAUAAAUGACCUUUAAUUUUCUAACUUUUGAUACAGACUA